UUGGUACUUACUCCACGGACAAAAUGUCGCCACCCGGUGGCUUUCGGAUCCAACCGCCUUCAUCACCACAGCGUCCCUUCGCCGUCGCACGGUUAUGACAUCAUCACACGCCAUUUACGUCAGCCGAAACGCCGCAAAAAUCAAAACGGCGCAGCUAUGCUUUUCUAUUCGUUUUUCAAAUCGCUGGUGGGUAAAGACGUGGUUGUGGAGCUAAAAAACGACCUGAGCAUAUGUGGAACACUUCAUUCAGUUGACCAGUACCUCAACAUCAAGCUGACAGACAUCAGCGUCACCGAUCCAGAAAAAUACCCGCACAUGUUGUCGGUGAAAAACUGCUUCAUCCGCGGCUCGGUGGUGCGCUACGUGCAGCUGCCCGCCGACGAGGUGGACACGCAGCUGCUUCAAGACGCCGCGCGGAAAGAAGCCAUGCAGCAGAAGCAGUGAUCGCAAUUGUGGGGGGUGGGGGGUUGUUACAAUGAAGAUUUGAGUUAUUUUACGUACAAUUAAAAAAGACGUCAGGUACGGGUUCAUUUUUGUUAGCCCGCGCUCAACUCCACGUUUGACAUUAAGAAAAUGUCUUGAAAGUUGAAUCAUGAUUAUUACAGUAAUUUAUCCUAGGAGGGUUUGGUUGUUUUUAAUUUCAAGUGAAAGAAACUUUUGAGUCAACAGACCCCAGCCGAUUUCAUACCUUAUUGAGUUUGAUUGUUUAGGGGGGAAAAGGCAGAAUUUUGUAUGAAUGUGUAUUUUUUUUUAGUCAUGUUUUUUCAUUUAUAUUCGUUUUUUUUUUUUUUUUUUUUUUUUACUGUGACUUUAUUUGUGGGCUAAAAAAAAGCAACAGUCGCUUUGUAAAUGACAGCUUUUCUGGGAAAUAAA